AUGCGCAUCGAAAAGUGUUAUGUCUGCGGCGCGAACGUCUACCCGGGCCAUGGCAGUGUUUUUGUGCGGAACGACGCAACUUUUUUCCAUUUCUGUCGUUCCAAGUGUAUUCGAGCCUUCCGACGCAAGCGCAACCCGCGCUACCUACGUUGGACGAAAGCUUACCGCAAGGCCCACGGGAAGGAGCUCGCCCAAGAUCUGACGUUCGCCUUUGAACGACAGCGGCACACUGUGCCCAAGUAUGACAGAGAACUUGUUCGGGACACUUUGGCGGCGAUCGAACGCGUGACCCAGGUGCAACAGGAGCGACAAAAAGCGUUUUACCUCCAGAGAAUGCGCGUGAAACAGCGCAUAGAGCAAAGAGAGGCAGCCGUUGAGCUUGCCCGGCAGCGAGCGACAACCAGCCUGCGUGCCAUCGAAAAGCUGCCGAGUGUACAGCGGCGACUGUCACACAGAGCAUCCCAUCCCUUGGUACGCGAGGCGCGCGCUGCGCUCGUCGCAGCCAGUUCCAUGCAGGAACCUGCGCCAACGCACUCUGAGCAUGGUUAUAUGGCGAGUGAGCUCACGGACGGCGCUCCGCAGCCGAACGGGACCCUGUCGUGA